GGAGACUGCGACAAGACAGAGCCCGAAGUCUGCAUCGUCUCAUUGUCACUAUGGUCAAAAUACAGCUUCUCUACUCAUUGGCAGUUGCUGCCUCAGCUCUGGCUGCACCCUCCGGAGUCUUCAGCUCCCUCUUUUCGUCUCUCGAUAAGCGAGCUUGCACCAAUCCUUCAAACCUGCUCAAAAACGCCGGCUUCGAGUCAAAAUCCAUUAAACCAUGGGUCUAUUCCCCGUACUAUCCGAAGCUCACAAGCCAGAAACUUGUCGCCUCUGGCUACAAGAGCGACCAGGCUCUCCAGAUCUCUGGCCUUGCCAAGACACAGAAUGAUUAUGGUUUCAGUAGACUUGAACAGAACUUCACCAACUGCAAGUUUGGAAAGUACGAGCUUUCAUGGUCCAUGUACCUCCCCAAGGGUGCAGCUCAGGGCCUGGAUCCCCGCAACCCUGCAAUGACUAUCUGGGUCUACGAUCGCGCGGGCGAUGGCCAAGUAGGAACACUCUCCUUUGGACCCAAUUCUUUCAACAGUUCACUUGGGUAUCCUGUGCAGCGAGGAACACACAAGGUGAAUCAGUGGGUGAACCUCUCGAUGAAACUGCCCUAUAACGUUAAUGUUGGCAAAUGUACCUUGGUCAUCAAUUGGAUUGUGCCAGGUCAAGAGACGGGCGACGGAGACGGGAAGUUGACACUCAAGCUCGACAACUUUGUUCUCAAGCCUGCGAAAUAGAGUAGCUGGCUUUGUGGUGUCGGAUGACUUCGUCCAAGAGCAGCAUAUAUACACUUGGCCUUUCUCUCUGGGUUCGGCAACAACAAGAAUGCUGUACAGAUGCAGCUCUUAUCUGAGGAAAGGGGAUAAGCUUCCUGAGGG